GCCCGCGGGAGCCCUCCGGACGGGGGAGCGCGCGGUCCUGGGCUGCGGCCCGUUAAAGCGCAGCCCUGCCGGGGCCUGGGGCGCCGUGCGCUCCGCUCCCAUUUGGCGACGGCGGGCGGUCCCUAGCCUGGCCCCGGGGCGCAGCUGCCUGUCCAGGGAAGGCUUCCAGCCUCCAGGUUCAUGGACAGAUGGACUUGCGUACUUUCUGGGGACCUUCCAGCGUUCAGAGGGACGAGUCUCCAAUGCCCAAUCAUGGGAAGCAGAUCAUCCCAUUCCCCUCCGUGGACGGGAGGACUUGGAGCGGAGCAUGUGGUGCAUCUUCCGACGCUGGAGGCCCGGGCGCCAGGGCUCAAGGCCGGCGCUGGCAGCGGCCGCCCUGGGGAGCCGUGCUCUGGCCAGCGCCGGCUCCGGCAGGCGCGUGGCCCGGGGCCCGCGCCACCACCCGCUGCACCGCGCCUUCCUGAGCGCCGCGCAGCAGGCCGGCUACCCGCUCACCGAGGACAUGAACGGCUUCCAGCAGGAGGGCUUCGGCUGGAUGGACAGGACCAUCCAUGAAGGCAAGCGCUGGAGCUCGGCCUGUGCCUACCUGCACCCAGCACUGAGCCGCCCCAACCUCAAGGCUGAGACCCAGGCGCUGGUGAGCAGGGUACUGUUUGAGGGCACCCGUGCAGUGGGUGUGGAGUACGUCAAGAACGGCCAGAACCACAAGGUCUACGCCAGCAAGGAAGUGAUCUUGAGUGGGGGUGCCAUCAACUCCCCGCAGCUGCUCAUGCUGUCUGGUUUGGGGAACGCGGACGAUCUCAGGAAGCUGGGCAUCCCCGUGGUGUGCCACCUGCCUGGAGUUGGCCAGAACCUGCAGGACCACCUGGAAGUGUACAUUCAGCAGGCAUGCACCCACCCCAUCACCCUCCACUCUGCCCAGAAGCCCCUGCGGAAGCUCUGCAUCGGUCUGGAGUGGUUCUGGAAAUUCACAGGGGAUGGAGCCACUUCCCAUCUGGAAACGGGUGGGUUCAUCCGCAGCCAGCCCGGGGUCCCCCACCCGGACAUCCAGUUCCAUUUCCUGCCUUCCCAAGUGAUUGACCAUGGACGGAUCCCCACCCAGCAAGAGGCUUACCAGGUACAUGUGGGGACCAUGCGGGCCACGAGUGUGGGCUGGCUCAGGCUGAGAAGUGCCAACCCCCAGGAGCACCCUGUGAUCCAACCCAACUACCUGUCAACAGAAUCUGAUAUCAAGGAUUUCCGUCAGUGUGUGAAGCUGUCCAGAGAAAUCUUUGCGCAGGAAGCCCUGGCUCCUUUCCGGGGCGAGGAGCUCCAGCCAGGAAGCCACGUGCAGUCGGAUAAGGAGAUAGACGCCUUUGUGCGGGCAAAAGCUGACAGUGCCUACCACCCCUCGUGCACCUGUAAGAUGGGCCAGCCCUCUGAUCCCACAGCUGUGGUGGACCCAGAGACCAGGGUGCUUGGGGUGGAGAACCUCAGGGUUGUGGACGCCUCUAUCAUGCCCAGCGUGGUCAGCGGCAACCUGAACGCUCCCACGAUCAUGAUCGCAGAGAAAGCGUCCGACAUUAUUAAGGGCCUGCCUGCCCUCUGGGAUAAGGAGGUUCCUGUGUACAAGCCCAAGACACUGGCCACCCAGCGUUAAUGCAGCCACUGCUGAGGAUGAUCAGAGAAGCCCUGGGCAAGCCAGGGCGACUGACCAGCACAGCCCUGGCUCCAGGGCUCCUUCUUGAAACUGUCCAGGACACUGGGACCCAGGUGGCCCUACUCAGUGGCUGAGACCUAGAAAACAUCUCAGGGAGUGUGACCAGUACUAGUCAGCGAGUCAAAUUCAUUUUCCCCACUGUUUCCCUGUGGGCCCUUUGGGGGAGGCCAGCACUCAGGCCAGGCCCCUCCUCCCCGCCUCCUGCAGGGACAAAGCGGGGAGGUGGGGCUGGUAGAGGAGGAGGGUUAACUUACACCAUGUCCUUUCUCAUGCGCACGUGGCCUGCUCCAACCCAGGGGCCUGCUCCCUUGGCUGGAAUGGUUCUCUGCAGGCUCCCCCUUAGGGAGGGUGCUCUACACAGGGGCUGUGCGGCUGCUGCACCAAGCUGGGCUCCCUGAGCAGGAGGCUGCAAGUUUUAAGCUGAAGCCAAGCAUCACACCAGAGUCAGCUCGGCACAGGCUGGCACACAGUCCCUGGCGUCCCUGGUUAGGGCAUAGCUGCCAGUGAGGGGGAACCUAGGGUCCCCUUUCUCUCCCACCCUCCCUUCACUCACAGGGUGAGGUGAAUCCAGGGCUCAGUCUGGGUGACCGAGGGGCUUACGGCCCCAGCUCUUGUGCUCUGGUUUUUAAGAAAUACGAUCUCAGUAGAGGCUUUCUCGACCUUGUUCAAGGAAGGAAGUCACUAGGGCCUCAUUACCAAAGCAUUCGUAAUUUGACAUUUUAGAAGGUCUUCCUGUCACCAGGAAACGCAGAAGCCUAGAGCCAGCCCCUCAUACUAGGGCAGUGCUUCAUCCUGAAGCAGAGAUGCGGGGAGAACCUCUCAGGCCCUGGGAAGCGGCCCAGCGGCUGCAGCUGCCUUGCAGACAGUGCCGGUGGAUUCUUAUUCUCUGCACGUCUGUGGGAACAGACCACGUCUGUGCUGGGACAGAUGGAAAAGCACUUAAGUACAACUGGGUGAAAGAAAAAUAAAGCGGAGAAGAUUCGAGUUUUCAGGAGAAAAAAGAUACAAGUACCAUGUACAACAGCUCUUUGAUCUUUUAAUUCCUUGCAAUUCAGAAAUGUCAUCCAGUAACUUGUUAACUAAGAUGCCUUCUCCGGACUGUUCUACCAGGGAAUAACAGCUAAUGAAUCUUGGAUUGAUUUUUCUCAAGAUACCCAAAGCCACCACCUAGAGCAGGGAAGAAAACAAUUGCCAUCUGGAAACUUGCCACGCUGAGCUCAGGAUAAGGAGAAAAACUUGGGAGUUUCUGAGAAAAACCUUCCAGAAAGGUAGAAAAAAGAAAACUGCAUCACACUUCUUUUUCUUUUUUCACUUUGAGGCAUGGUCUCACUAAGGUGCCCAGGCUGGCCUUGAACUCGCCUCUUAAACAGAUGAGAUCACAAGAGUGCACCACCAUGCUUGACUUUUCUCCUUUCUUUUCAGACCUUAGGCAGCUCUUGUUUAAUCUUACCUGUAUCUUACUUUUUUAUCUUGUUUUAAAAGAUGGUCAUACAAGACAUUUUUUUUUUUUUUUAGAAGACAUUUCUAAGUCUGCCAAGAGACUUCUCCUAGAGAGUUCUCUGCCCCUCCCUGCCUGGCCCACAGCUUUCAUCCACAGCCCUCCACCAGGAGGGCCCUGCUAGCCACAGUCUUGUGGGGAAUCAGGUAGACUUGAGCAAAGCCCCUGGGCAAAGAGCUUGUAAUACCUAUAAAGCAGAAGCCAGUGUUUUGCAAAAGCAUGGUUGAAAGGGUCUAAUAGAAAGCAGUGCAUGUGCCUAGAGUUCUGAGGAGUCCUGUCCUGUGAAACAACUCUGCUUGCGCCCCACCAAAAGUGUUCCUGAGAGAGGAAGGGAAAGACCACAGAGGGGAAUAGAUCCUCCAGCAUCAUAACCGGAAAUGGCAUGUCUUAGAAAUGGGAGGUUGUCCCUUAACAUACAGCCUUUCCACUUCCGGGGCAGGCUGUGGCAGUAAUUUUCAUAAAUUCAAAUAGAUUCUUCAUCGAAGCCA